UCACGACGUGACGUUUUAGCUAACGGCUGUCAGUCUCUAUUUUGAGCGUUUUAUUAUUCAUGCGAAAAUUCCGAUAUAGCCCAAAAGGAAAUAUACAUGCGCCCUACUCAAAAAUAUCAGUAAUGGCUGGCGUAAAAAUCCAAUUGGAAUCAAUAGGUACAGAGCAUUGACCUGGAUUGUCACGUGGUUGCAUGUUUUCAUUGAUUGCCAUUCACCCGUUUCUCUCUCAGGGCCCAGGGAAAGAGUCGUCACGCGGAGGUCGUGAACGCUGUGCAGGCGCAAUGGGAAUUCUCGCCACUUCGAUCACAAACGACUCUAUCAUUAUACCAAUGGGAUUUUAUGUUAUCGGAUUUACGGAUUUAAAAUUUGCCAAUUUAUAUAUAAUUUUCCUCAGCUUCAUUUAUAUUGAAACGGUUUUGUGCAACUCCUUUAUAAUUUCCAUCAUAUGGAUGGACCAUCGCCUACACACUCCAAAGUACAUCGCGGUGGCUAAUUUAGGGGUUGUUGACUUGAUGUGUAGUACAUCCUUUAUUCCUAGUGCGAUUAAGACUGUUGUCACAAAAGAUACCUUCAUGUCCUACAAUGCAUGUUUGACACAGAUGUUUUUUUACUAUUGUUCUGUAGCACUAGAGUCAUUUUCCCUCGGUGUACUUGCCUACGACAGGUUAAUUGCGAUAUGCUUCCCAUUGAGGCAUAGUUCCAUUAACACUCUCACAAGCAUGAUGAGUAUUUUAGCGAUUGUUUGGUCAUUUUCCAUGAGCAUCAUGGUGUUCAUGGUCUUGAUCUUGUUAAAACUGUCUUUUUGUGAUUCACUUACUGUGCACAACUUUAUCUGUGAGUACGCAGCUGUGUCCAGUCUAUCGUGCAAUGAUUAUACACUGCAAUGGGCUGCUGGCUCUACUUUGAGUAUAGUGAUCUUGUUUGGGCCCCUUAGUUUCAUUGUCGUGUCAUACGGCUGGAUUUUAAGAGUCGUGUUUAGAAUGAAAACUGUGGAGAGCAGGUACAAAGCACUGGCAACCUGCACAGAGCAUCUCACCGUGGUGGCCAUUUUCUACGUGCCGACCAUAACGGUGUACAUCAUUGAGCUUUUCUUAUUUCACAUGCAUCCAAAUGUCAAAAUGGUGAACCAGUCAUUAGCCUCAUGCAUCCCGGCUUGUCUGAACCCCAUCGUGUAUACCCUGGCAACCAAAGAAAUCAAGAACAGAAUACUGGCUAUGCUGCAGAAAUUUAGAGCAGCAUCAUGGGCAGGGCAGCCAUACAGCCGAAGGUUGCAGUAAAUUUAGAUUUACACAAAAGUCACUGGAGCAACUACAAAACACAGGUCCGAUAAGGUGCAAUAUUAUGCAAGUUAUUUAUAGUCAUGAAAAAAUGUCUCCAUAUGAACUGUG